UCCUCCGACUCGUCUUCCUACUCCAGUUCUUCGUCCAGUUCCUCGUCCUACUCUUCCUCUUACACCGAACCAAAACGAUACAGCAUGGACUCCCAAGUUCAACCCCGAGUCGAGAUUCUACGAUGCUCACGCUGUGCCAAGUGUGUGGAAACAAUUGUCACUUCGCGGGGUGGUGAAGAUGCGAGCUCAAGUGGCAUGGUGAAGUUUGGACACAACCUCUACUACUGCGACCGAUGCGCACGGAUGGUCGGAUACAAAUGA